GUGUGUGUGUGUGUGCGUGUGCGUGCGUGUGUGUAUGUCUCUCUGCGUGCGUGUCCGUGUGUGUGCGUGUCUAUCUGUGUGCUUGCUUUGUGUGUGAGUUGCUAUCUCUGCGCGUGCGCGAGCGCGUUUGUGUGUUUGAGUUGGAGGAUUAUCUCCUUGCUGCUGCUCUGGAGGAGUGACGGGAAAGGAAGCGUGUAGUCGCUGUCGGACUACUGCGGCGACAAGUAGUCGACCCAGUGAUGGCAUGCGUGUAACCGCCGCGUCCCCUUCCACGGACCACCCUAACCUUUCGUUAAAGGACAAUCAGCAACUAUUCUUUUACCGUCGACGACCCCGCUCGGGAUUAUGUCCGGAGACCGUGUCCCGUUGGAGAAAAGUUUAUCCGAAGAAGUAGAGAUCUCAGAAUUACACCCAAGGCGUUAUGACGGACCGCGGGCUCUUCGAUGGCGCUAACAGCCUCGUCCUGCCGGCGGGGCUGCGGCGCGGCGGCUCAGAGUCCAACCUGGACGUGGUGGACAGCGGCGGCGAGGGGGGUGUCGGCCUGGACUUCACCAAGGGCGCGCUGGCCCUCGACGGCCUGCAGCAGAAGAUCCUCAAGGUGACGGAGCAGAUCAAGGUGGAGCAGACCGCACGCGACCAGAACGUGGCGGAGUACCUGAAGCUGGUCAACAACGCAGACAAGCAGCAGGUCGGCCGCAUCCGCCAGGUGUUCGAGAAGAAGAACCAGAAGUCUGCGCACGCCGUCGCGCGGCUACAGCGCAAGCUCGAGCAGUACCACCGCCGCGUGAAGGACGGCGAGGGCGGUGGCGCUAAGACGGGCCCCCGGGAGCCCGCACCCCCCGGUAGCGCUAACGGUAGCGGUAGCGGCGGGAGUAGCGGCGGCGGCGGCGGCGGCGGCGGCGGCGGCGGCGGCGGCGGCGGCGCUAGCCAGAAGGAGUCCGGCGGGGGGAGCCGCAGCAAGGAGGGCAGCCUGCGGGACGUGAGCUCCACGGGGCGCCACCACCCCCCCCAGCACCACCCGGCGCUGGACAAGGUGAAGACCAUCGGGCCGGGGGUGUCGCUGUCGCCGCCCUUCUUCUUCAACAAGUCGCGGGAGAUCGCCAACCUGAUCCGCAACAAGUUCGGCAGCGCCGACAACAUCGCCCACCUCAAGAGCUCCAUGGAGACGGGGGCGGGGCUCCAGGCGGCGGGCGGGGCGGCGCGCGCGCUCAGCGGCAGCGCCAACACGGUGGCGUCCCGGGCGCCCAAGUACACCAGCGACGACGAGUGCUGCUCCACGGGGACCUCGGCGUCGGCCGACUCCAACGGCAACCGCGGCUCGGGGGCGGGGUCGGCCGGGAGGGCGGAGUCCCAGGGGGCGCGGCUGGGCGAGGUGCUGGAGGUGGUGCGGGAGAUCCGGGAGGCGCAGGCCCAGCUGGCGGAGGACAUGGAGGCCAUGAAGAGCCAGUUCAAGCAGGACUACGGCUACUUCACCCGCACCAUCCAGGAGGAGAGAUACCGGUAUGAGCGGCUGGAGGACCAGCUGAACGACCUCACAGAGCUCCACCAGCACGAGACCAUCAACCUGAAGCAGGAGCUGGCCGCCAUCGAGGAGAAGGUGGCCUACCAGGCCUACGAAAGGGCCCGCGAUAUCCAGGAGGCGCUGGAGUCGUGCCAGACGCGCGUGUCCAAGCUGGAGCUGCAGCAGCAGCAGCAGCAGCAGUCCACCGCCCAGCCGGAGAGCGCCGACGCCAAGGUGCUCCUCGGCAAGUGCAUCAACAUCAUGCUGGCCAUCGCCACGGUGAUCCUGGUGUGCGUCUCCACUGCCGCCAAGUUUGCCGCGCCCCUGCUGCGCAGCCGGCUCCACCUGGGACUCACCUGCACCGCGCUGUCUCUGCUGGCGCUGGUGUGGCGGCACUGGGACAACCUGCAGGGGGCGCUGGAGCGCACGCUGCUGCCGCCGCCGCGCUGACUCGUGUGUGCGUGUGCAUGUGUGUGUUUGUGUGUCGGGAUGGACCCCGCACACAGACAUGCGCACGCAGACCUUUGAACUAUAAACACACACACACACUCACUUGUCUUUGUGGGGACACAGGAUUACCUGGCAGCCACACACUUAAGGGACGUCACUUUAGAAACACUACAGAUUUUGGGGACACUGCUUUCGAGCACAUUGUGAUUUUGUUUUAUUGCGUUCCUAUUUCGAGGUUGUUGUGUAACCGUGAAUCACCCCGGAGGUAAGCACCCGGAAAGUGUUAAAUUAUUUCCAAAGUGAAACUAAUGGUUCUCUUUCUAAUGAGCUGUUUUUUCCGUAUUCUUUUAUGUCCCCAAUAAGGAAAGUGUGUUUGCGCAGGAGAACGGGAACAAAUCAAUGCAACGUCUACACCUCAUAGUGAUCUGUGA